CGUGUCCCCCAGCCUUGGAGGUUGGGGGACGACCCGAGCUCAGGGCCUCCCACGGAGGAGGCCCACGUCCGGGAGAACCACCUUUCCUUCGCGGCCCCAGAGGCUCCUGUGGGCACGAUCGUGAGCCGACGGGUUCCGGAGGACUCUCCUGUCCUGGCAGCGCUUCUCUCCGCGUGCUCGAGGAGCCUCACCAGCUCGUUGGACGAGCAAACCGGUGCACCGAUCACGUCUUCCCAGCAGCAGGGGCCAAGCCCAGGGUCAUCCUUGAGUUCCACCCAAACCUGUUCUUCUGCUGUAUUGCUCCCAGAGCGCACGGUCCCCAGACAGUGCUCCUGCCGGCAGCCCCAACCCCUGGGAGAAGUGGACAUGAGGUUGGCAGGCCCCCUCCGCAUUGUGGCCCUGGUUGUCACCGUGGGCCUUACGUGGAUCGUGGUCAGCAUCCUCCUGGGCGGGCCUGGCAGUGGCUUUCCUCGCAUCCAGCAGCUCUUUGCCAGCCCAGAGAACUCAGUGACUGCAGAGCCACGAGCCAGGAAGUACAAGUGUGGCCUGCCCCAGCCAUGCCCCGAGGAGCACCUGGCCUUCCGCAUGGUCAGUGGGGCUGCCAAUGUCAUCGGACCGAAGAUCUGCCUCGAAGAUAAGAUGCUCAUGAGCAGUGUCAAGGACAACGUGGGCCGUGGACUGAACAUCGCCCUGGUGAAUGGGGUCAGCGGCGAGCUCAUCGAGGCCCGGGCCUUUGACAUGUGGGCAGGAGAUGUCAACGACCUGCUGAAGUUUAUUCGGCCGCUGCAUGAAGGCACCCUGGUAUUUGUGGCAUCCUAUGACGACCCAGCCACCAAGAUGAAUGAAGAGACAAGGAAGCUUUUCAGCGAUCUGGGCAGCAAGAACGUGAAGGAUCUGGCUUUUCGGGACAGCUGGGUGUUUGUGGGGGCCAAGGGCGUGCAGAACAAGAGCCCUUUUGAGCAGCACGUGAAGAACAGCAAGCACACCAACAAGUACGAAGGCUGGCCCGAGGCGCUGGAGAUGGAGGGCUGCAUCCCGAGGAGGACCACGGCCCGCUAGCCGGGCCAGGCGCAGGACCAGCCCAGGGAGGCCGCGUGCGCCAGGCCGGGAGGAGGCGCCCCUGCGGGCCCGAAGCCGGACGAGCGCGCUCUGGCCCCGCACGUCGGGGC